CAUCAUGUGUGGCAUCUUAGCCGUGCUCGGUUGCUCCGACUGGUCUCAGGCAAAGAGGGCUCGCAUCCUCGCCUGCUCCAGAAGGUUGAAGCACAGGGGCCCCGACUGGUCGGGCCUCUACCAGCACGAGGGCAACUUCCUGGCGCAGCAGCGGCUCGCCGUCGUCUCCCCGCUGUCCGGCGACCAGCCGCUGUUCAACGAGGACCGCACCGUCGUGGUGGUGGCCAAUGGAGAGAUCUACAACCACAAGAACGUCCGGAAGCAGUUCACCGGCACACACAACUUCAGCACGGGCAGUGACUGCGAGGUCAUCAUCCCCCUGUACGAGAAGUACGGCGAGAACUUCGUGGACAUGCUGGACGGGGUGUUCGCGUUCGUGCUCUACGACACCCGCGACAGGACCUACGUGGCGGCGCGCGACGCCAUCGGCGUCAACCCGCUCUACAUCGGCUGGGGCAGUGACGGUUCCGUCUGGAUCGCGUCCGAGAUGAAGGCGCUGAACGAGGACUGCGUGCGCUUCGAGAUCUUCCCGCCGGGCCACCUCUACUCCAGCGCCGGCGGCGGGUUCCGGCGGUGGUACACCCCGCACUGGUUCCAGGAGCAGGUGCCCCGGAUGCCGUACCAGCCGCUCGUCCUCAGAGAGGCCUUCGAGAAGGCGGUCAUCAAGAGGCUCAUGACUGACGUCCCGUUCGGGGUCCUCCUCUCCGGCGGCCUCGACUCCUCGCUCGUCGCCUCCGUCACCAAGCGCCACCUCGUCGAGACCGAGGCCGCCGAGAAGUUCGGCACCGAGCUCCACUCCUUUGUCGUCGGCCUCGAGGGCUCUCCUGACCUGAAGGCCGCACGAGAGGUCGCUGACUACCUUGGAACCAUCCAUCACGAGUUCCACUUCACCGUACAGGACGGCAUCGACGCGAUCGAGGAGGUGAUCUACCACGACGAGACGUACGACGUGACGACGAUCCGGGCCAGCACGCCCAUGUUCCUGAUGGCUCGCAAGAUCAAGUCGCUGGGCGUGAAGAUGGUGCUGUCCGGGGAGGGCUCCGACGAGCUCCUGGGCGGCUACCUCUACUUCCACUUCGCCCCCAACAAGGAGGAGUUCCACAGGGAGACCUGCCGCAAGGUGAAGGCCCUGCACCAGUACGACUGCCUGCGCGCCAACAAGGCCACGUCGGCGUGGGGCCUGGAGGUCCGCGUGCCGUUCCUCGACAAGGAGUUCAUCAACGUCGCGAUGGGCAUGGACCCCGAAUGGAAAAUGUACGACAAGAACCUGGGCCGCAUCGAGAAGUGGGUCAUGAGGAAGGCGUUCGACGACGACGAGCACCCUUACCUGCCCAAGCAUAUUCUCUACAGGCAGAAAGAACAGUUCAGUGACGGCGUUGGCUACAACUGGAUCGAUGGCCUCAAAUCCUUCACUGAACAGCAGGUGACGGAUGAGAUGAUGAACAACGCCGCCCAGAUGUUCCCCUACAACACGCCCGUCAACAAGGAGGCCUACUACUACCGGAUGAUAUUCGAGAGGCUCUUCCCUCAGGACUCGGCGAGGGAGACGGUGCCGUGGGGCCCGAGCAUCGCCUGCAGCACGCCCGCGGCCAUCGAGUGGGUGGAGCAGUGGAAGGCCUCCAACGACCCCUCCGGCCGCUUCAUCUCCUCCCACGACUCCGCCGCCACCGACCACACCGGCGGUAAGCCGGCGGUGGCCAACGGCGGCGGCCACGGCGCCGCGAACGGCACGGUCAACGGCAAGGACGUCGCAGUCGCGAUCGCGGUCUGACGAGAGUACGUGCUCGCGCACCUCCCUGCUAGCUUCUACCGGGCUGCAGCCUGCAGCAUGCACUGUGCGAGCACAGCCGAUCAGCGCCAAUAAACUGGAGGAUAAGAACGACUGGUAGGUGUGUG